GCCUCUAUGUGACCAAAAAUCCAUGGGGCGACAUCCUGGAGGGCAGUGACGUCACUUUCACAUGCGCCAUUGUCUCCAGCAACCCAGAUAUUUUUGUGUGGAUUGAGUGGCAGCACCUUCUUUCUGAGGAAACCACCACUCUCAUCGAACCGACAUACGUAACGGGCAGCGACACUUUGACCCUUACGGGGUUGUCUGGGAACCAGGCCGGCAGUUACCGGUGUGUAGGAAGCACCUCCUGGUCACCAGCCUAUUGGAAUCCCACUACAUUUUCUGGUUGGCGUGGUUUAUCGCUUAUCUAUCGCCCCGUCAUUAUGAACAAAGAUAGGACGUGGAUCGGUGCAAACGACAACUGCACGACGACCUUAGAAUGCAUUGUCCGAAGCGAUCCCCGCCCUGCAGUCACUUGGUACGGUCCAAACGGCGCCAAUAUAAACGAAGACACGGACCCCGACCGACUUUCACUUGAAGAAGAUCUUUAUUACGAUUCUUCCUUCGUGUAUAGAUUACACAGUAAGCUGACAAUCAAUCCAGUGAAUUCCAGCACUGAUUAUGGGAUGUACAGGUGUAGGGCUGCCAACGGCAUCGGUACAUUUGUCGACCAUGAAAUCGAGUUGAAAGAAACAGGACCGCCUGAGGCGCCAAAGGACCUCAAAAUAUCUAACGACGGCGCACUAACUGAGGAUACCAUCGUGUUCAACUGGGAGCCAGGCUAUGACGGGGGUGAGGAAUUGGAGUCCUAUUACAUGAACAUUCGCGAGAUUCCGGGAGAUUUCAAUGCAUCGAACUGGAUCCAACUUGGCCCACGGGAGCGGUAUUGGGCGUAUACUGACCUCCAGCCGGACACUCUUUACCAAAUAGCAGGGUAUGCCAGGAACAUACUCGGCCCCAGUCCAAACACGACUCUGGACGUCCGCACGACGCCCACUUCACCGAGUGACUUAGGUAUAACAGUGUCAUACACCAAGUCAAAAGGGAGAAUUGUCGUAACCGGCAUACCCAGAGCUGACAAAGACAACAGAGCCUGCCUACGACUAGCGGGACGGGACCUGGAAAACGUGUUUGAUGUUAGUCUGAGGCCAGAUCUGGACUGCAUUCAGAGUGACGGCGAUUUGGAAUACUUCGCCGCCGGCCCGUAUUUUGACAACAUGCGAUAUUACCUCUGCCGGGACAAACUGUGCGGUCGGCAUUCUUACGUUGCUUACGUUUGGGAGCUUUUUGUGACCAAGACCCCAUCGGGACCUGUUCUGGAGGGGGAUGACGUCACGCUCACCUGUGCCUUCGACAUCGGCCUUUCGGGAUGGAUUGAGUGGCGGCACAGUCUGGAUCGGGAAAUAUCGACCACUCUCACCGAACCGAUGUUCACUACGGACAGCAACGACUUGACUUUUAAAGGCGUAUUCAGGAACCAGUCUGGUUGGUACCGAUGUGCUGGGAAUAGUAUAUGGUCAGACGAUUGGAACCCGAAUCGAUUGUCUGAUUGGACUGUUAAUGUAGUCUUCUAUGGCCCUGAAAUCAGCAAUAAGGAUAGAACGUGGAUUGGGGCGAACGACAACUACACAGCAACCUUAGAAUGCAUCAUCCAAGGCAAUCCCCUCCCCAAUGUCACUUGGUACGGUCCAAACGACACCAUCAUAACCAACGACACAAUACCUGACCGGAUUUCACUUGAAGAUACCAUAUCAGGAGAUGGGGUGCUUGGAUAUCGUGUCAUUAGUCAAGUGGUCUUCGCUGCAGUGGAGAGCAGCACCGAUUAUGGCAUGUACAGGUGUAGGGCUGCCAGCAGCAUCGGUACAUUUGACGAGCAUGAAAUACAGCUGAAAGAAACAGGAGAUCCUGAACCCCCAAAGGAACUUCAGGUGGAGUAUGUAACAGACUCAUUCAUCUGGGUCAUAUGGGAGUCGAGAUACGACGGAGGCGAGGAGUUAGAGAAUUUUUUUACCAACAUUCGCAAGAUUCCUGAUGAGUUCGACCCACUUGACUGGAUAUCAAACAGGCCUGAUUAUAAUGGGCUAUCGUACAGUGACCUGCAACCGGACACACUCUACCAAGUAGCAGUGUAUGCAACCAACAAGCAUGGCUCCAGUCCUUAUGCGACUCUGACCGUGCGCACAAACCCUGGAGAUCCGGAUGAAAUGGGUAUAACUGUGUCAUACAUCCAGGCACAAGGUAAGUUUGUCAUCACCGGUAUACCACAGGACGACGACGCCGGAAUCUGCGUACGACUUGAGGUAUAUGACGAAGCUCAAGGGGAAUGGGUGAGUCUGAGGCCAGACCUGGACUGCAUUCAGCAUGACGGGGAGUUCCUGUACUCCAGCCCGUAUCCCACAGACCACUUCCACUGUCUAUACUGUCGGGACGACGUGUGCGGUGACUGGUCUCAUGUUACGAUUGUUACACCGACUCCACAGCCCACCCGUCCCACAGGUGAUGCUAACAGCAACCAAGUGGUGAUCAUAGCUGUGUGCGUGGCUGGGACCAUUAUUCUCCUGCUAGUGACCAUUGCAAUGUGUUACAUCUGCAAGUGCUGCAGCGGUAAACCUCAAGAUGAAGUGCGGAGGACUGCACCACAACCAAAUACGACAGUUGAAGUAUACAACCCUUCGUACGACCCGCCUCCAACCUACGUGCAAGCAGUUGAAUUGGAAGCCAAUGCUGGCAAAAAUAACGAUGACCCCCCACCGGCUUACGAUUGUGUGUCAUCUCGCGAAGCCCCGCAGGUUACGGAUGAAAACGAAGAACAAGUCUAUGUCAAACUGAAGUCGAAAGAUUGGAGCCUCUCAGUGACCAAAAUUCCACGGGGCGACAUCCUGGAGGGCAGUGACGUCACUUUCACAUGCGCCAUUGUCUCCAGCAACCCAGAUAUUUUUGUGUGGAUUGAGUGGCAGCACCUUCUUUCUGAGGGCGAAACCACCACUGUCAUCGAACCGACAUACGUAACAGGCAGCCACACUUUAACCCUUACGGGGUUGUCUGGGAACCAGGCCGGCAGUUACCGGUGUGUAGGAAGCACCUCCUGGUCACCAGCCUAUUGGAAUCCCACUACAUUUUCUGGUUGGCGUGGUUUAUCGCUUAUCUAUCGCCCGGUCAUUAUGAACAAAGAUAGGAAGUGGAUUGGUGCCAACAACAACUACACGACGACCUUAGAAUGCAUCGUCCGAAGCGAUCCUCGCCCUGCAGUCACUUGGUACGGUCCAAACGGCGCCAAUAUAAACGAAGACACGGACCCCGACCGAGUCUCACUCGAAGAAAUUGAUUUCUAUUCCCCUAUUGGAUAUAGUGUCCACAAUAAGCUGACAAUCAAUCCAGUGAAUUCCAGCGCUGAUUAUGGGAUGUACAGGUGUAGGGCUGCCAACGGCAUCGGUACAUUUGUCGACCAUGACAUCGAGUUGAAAGAAACAGGACCGCCUGAGGCGCCAAAGGACCUCAAAAUAUCUAACGACGGCGCACUAACUGAGGAUACCAUCGUGUUCAACUGGGAGCCAGGCUAUGACGGGGGUGAGGAAUUGGAGUCCUAUUACAUGAACAUUCGCAAGAUUCCGGGAGAUUUCAAUGCAUCAAACUGGAUCCAACUUGGCCCACGGGAGCGGUAUUGGGCGUAUACUGACCUCCAGCCGGACACUCUUUACCAAAUAACAGGGUAUGCCAGGAACAUACUCGGCCCCAGUCCAAACACGACUCUGGACGUCCGCACGACGCCCACUUCACCGAGUGACUUAGGUAUAACAGUGUCAUAUACCAAGUCAAAAGGGAGAAUUAUCGUCACCGGCAUACCCAGAGCUGACAAAGACAACAGAGCCUGCCUACGACUAGCGGGACGGGACCUGGAAAACGUGUUUGAUGUUAGUCUGAGGCCAGAACUGGACUGCAUUCAGAGUGACGGCGAGUUCGAAUACUUCGCCGACGGCCCGUAUUUUGACAACAUGCGAUGUUACCUCUGCCGCGACAAACUGUGCGGUCGGCAUUCUUACGUUGCUUAUGUUUGGGAGCUUUUUGUGACCAAGACCCCAUCGGGACCUGUUCUGAAGGGGGAUGAUGUCACGCUCACCUGUGCCUUCGACAUCGGCCUUUCGGGAUGGAUUGAGUGGCGGCACAGUCUGGAUCGGGAAAUAUCGACCACUAUCACCGAGCCAACGUACACUACGGACAACACCGACUUGACCUUGAAGGGCGUGUUCCGGAACCAGUCUGGCUGGUACCGAUGUGCUGGGAAUAGUAUAUGGUCAGACGAUCGGAACCCGAAUAAAUUGUCCGAUUGGACUGUUAAUGUAGUCUUCUUUGGCCCUGAUAUCAGCAAUAAGGAUAGAACGUGGAUUGGUGCGAACGACAACUACACAGCAACCUUAGAAUGCAUCAUCCAAGGCAAUCCCCUCCCCAAUGUCACUUGGUAUGGUCCAAACGACACCAUCAUAACCAACGACACAAUACCUGACCGGAUUUUACUUGAAGAUACCAUAUCCGGAGAUGGGGCGGUUGGAUAUCGUGUCAUUAGUCAAGUGGUCUUCGCUGCAGUGGAUACCAGCACGGAUUAUGGCAUGUACAGGUGUAGGGCUGCCAGCAGCAUCGGUACAUUUGACGAGCAUGAAAUACAGCUGAAAGAAACAGGAAAUCCAGAGCCUCCAAAGGGACUUCAGGUGAGGGUCGUAACAUACUCCUAUAUCUGGGUCAAAUGGGAGUCGGGAUACGACGGUGGCGAGAAGUUAGAGAAUUUUUUUUCCAACAUUCGCAAGAUUCCUGAUGAGUUCAAUCCGUUUGCCUGGAUCUCAAACGGGCCUGAUGAUCUUCGGGCAUAUUACCUUUUCCUCCAACCGGACGCUCUCUACCAAGUAGCAGUGUAUGCAACUAACAAACAUGGCUCCAGUCCUUAUGCGACUCUGACCGUGCGCACAAACCCUGGAGAUCCGGAUGAAAUGGGUAUAACUGUGUCAUACAUCCAGGCACAAUGUAAGUUUGUCAUCACCGGUAUACCACAGGACGACGACGCCGGAAUCUGCGUACGACUUGAGGUAUAUGACGAAGCCCAAGGGGAAUGGGUGAGUCUGAGGCCAGACCUGGACUGCAUUCAGCAUGACGGGGAGUUCCUGUACUCCAGCCCGUAUCCCACAGACCACUUCCACUGUCUAUACUGUCGGGACGACGUGUGCGGUUACUCGUCUCAUGUUACGAUUGUUACACCGACUCCACAGCCCACCCGUCCCACAGGUGAUGCUAACAGCAACCAAGUGGUGAUCAUAGCUGUGUGCGUGGCUGGGACCAUUAUUCUGCUAGUGACCAUUGCA